AUCCAUCCAUCCAUCCAUCCAUCCCACAGACUUUAUACCCUUCAAUCACAUCAUCACCAUGUCCGGACUUCCCGCCACCAUGAAGGCUCUCCGCUACGACAAGCCCAAGUCGUACGCCGUCGUCGAAGUCCCUCUUCCCAAGCUCCGUGAGAACGAUGUUUUGAUCAAAGUCAAGGCUUGCGGUGUUUGCGGAACUGAUCUGCACAUCCACGAUGGAGAGUUCAUUGCGAAGUUUCCUCUGAUUCCCGGCCACGAGACCGUCGGUGUCGUUGCUGCUAUCGGACCUGCCGUGAAGGACUUCACCAUCGGCGACCGUGUCUGCGCUGACAACUCGGAGCUCUGCGGAGAAUGCUUCUACUGUCGCCGUGGUCAGACUUUGCUCUGCGAGCACUUCGAGGCCCACGGUGUCACCAUGGACGGUGGUUUCGCUGAAUACUGUGCCUACCCUGCUGGCAAGGUCUUCAAGAUCCACAACUUGAGCGAUGUUGAUGCCACCCUUUUGGAGCCUGCCUCGUGUGCGUGCCACGGUCUGGAGAAGAUUGCCCCUAAGCUUGGUUCAACCGUCCUCAUGUUCGGUGCUGGUCCCACCGGUCUCUGUCUUGCCCAGCUCCUCAAGCACAACGGUGGAUCCCACGUCGUCAUUGCCGCCCCUGGAGGGUUGAAGUUGGAAUUGGCCAAGAAGCUCGGCGCUGCCGACGAGUACGUAGAGCUCUCUCGGUCCAACCCCGAGGCUCAGUUCCAGGCCCUCAAGGAUGCCAACCCAUAUGGUUUCGACAUCGUCGUUGAGGCCACCGGAUCCGCCAAGAUUCUUGAGGAUUCGAUCCACUACGUUCGCCGUGGCGGUAAGUUGGUUGUGUACGGUGUCUAUAGCGACUCUGCGCGUGUGACAUGGCCUCCCAGCAAGAUCUUUGGAGACGAGAUCACCAUCCUCGGUUCCUUCUCGGAAACCCACAUGUUCCCGGCCACCAUCGGCUACCUUGACAGCGGCAAGGUGAAGGUUGAGGGUAUCGUCAACAAGACUUACAAGCUCGAGCAAUGGGGCGAGUGCCUCGAGGCCAUGCGCAACAAGACUGCCAUCAAGGCUGCCAUUGUUUUCGACUAAGCGUUUUCUCCCUUUCUGUUCCGUCCUUUCGUACUUCCAUUUUGCGUUUUACUUUGUCUGGCUGGAUCCCGGGGGUAGACGUAUGGACGGAAAAAUGUGGGCGAGUUUGUGUUUCUUGAUAUCUUUUGCCUUGAGCAUGCAUGUAUGCUCUAUUCGUGGAUCGAGGAGAGGCAAUAGAAUGCAAGCAGAAUUAAAAAAGCAUCCCGUG